CCUCGCCCUGGGGGGUGCCCCACGCCCGGCUGUGUUUCUCUUUGGGGGAGGGGGGGUUUAGGUUCUGCGGAGAAGGUGGAGAAGAAGCAAAGAAAGAGGAAAAAGAAGAAAGAAAGAAAGAAAGAGUUCGAUCAGGCGGAGACGUAGAGCUGUUUUUGGUCUUCGACUGUGGAAACGGACGGACGUGGAGAUUUAAGGAAAAGAAGGCAAGAAGAAGAGAGGGAAAGAAAAAAAAAAGACUGAGAGAGGAGGAGAAAGACAAAGAGAGAGAGAGAUAGAGAGAGAGAUAGAGGGAGAGACACUGGACCUGCUGUCUACUUCUGCUUCUUCUUUUCCUUUCUUGUUUUCCCAUCCUUCCUUUCUUCACGAUGCCGCCGAAGAUAUACUACGGUGAUAGAUACUACUUCUAUCCGCAGGUGGAUCUGCUCUCGCUGCUGUUCGACCCGAACCCGCAUGCGUUGGCGCAGGAGGACGGGCGCAUCCACAUCGACGCCGCCAACACGGCCAACUACGUGACCAAGGCGCACGCGCGCACACUGACGGAGAACUUUGCGCACGCCUUCCGGCACGGGUUUGGCAUCGGCGCCGGCGGCCGCAACGCCGACGUCGUCGUCGGCUUCUCCACGGGCCAGAUCCUGCUUCCCGUCGCGUUUUACGGCACCAUCGCGGCCGGCGGCAUCUUUUCAUGCGCGAGCCACUCCUUCACGGCCGCCGAGCUGGCGCGCCAGCUAGACCAGGGCCAAGCCAAACUUCUCGUCUGCAGCGCCGACCUCAAGGAUGUCGCUGUCCAAGCUGCCAAGCUGUACGGCCUUCCGCUCGAUCGCGUCCUCGUGCUGGACAGCGAGCAUCGAAAUUGGAGCCUCAAGUCUGUCCUGGGUAAGGAUCACUGGACGGACCAGAGGCUCACCUGGGAGCGCAUCACCGACCAGCACGAGCUGGAGAACAGCAUCAUCAAUCUCCUGUACUCGUCCGGGACCACCGGCGUGCCCAAAGCCGUCAUGCUCUCUCACACGAUGAUGGUGUCCCAGGUUUGGAUCUCGUCCCAGGUCGCUCGAGAAUGGGCCAUCCCACGCAUGCUGUCUGGCGAGUUGCAACCACCCACGUCUCCCAUGAGGACGCUUGCCCACCUGCCAGCGGCGCACAUCGCCGGCGUCGCCGGCUACUUCGUGGCCCCCAUGUACUCCGGCACGGAGUGUUACUGGAUGAAGAAGUACGAGUGGAAGAAGUUCCUUCAGUACAACAAAGAGCACAAGAUCACCGCCUUCUUCACCGUGCCUGCCAUUUGGGCACGCAUCGCCAAGUCGCCCGACGUCACCGAUCAAUUCGCCACGCUGGAGGGAGGCGCCGGCGGCGCGGCGCCCAUGGACGGCGCGCUGCAGAAAAGCGCAGGCGAGCGAUUCGGCGGCCAGAUCGUCGGCACGUACGGCAUGAGCGAGACCACCGGCAGCGUGUGUACUCUGCCUCGCGGCAUGGUGGACACCACAGGCAGCGUGGGCGUUCUUCACCCAAAUACCAUGGUCCGGCUCGUGGACGAGAAUGAUAACGACGUGCCGGAGGGCGAGCCCGGCGAGCUGUGGGUCAAGGGCCCGACGACGACAAAAGGCUACUACCGCAAUCCCGAGGCCACCAAGGAGGCCUUCGUCGACGGCUGGUACCGCUCCGGCGACAUCCUGCAGCGACGCGAGAACGGGCUGUGGUACGUCACCGACCGCAAGAAGGAGCUCAUCAAGUACAAGGGCAUCCAGGUCGCCCCCGCCGAGCUCGAGGGCUUCCUGCUGUCCCACCCGCUGAUCGAGGACGCGGCCGUGAUCGGCGUGCCCGGCGAGGACACGGAAGUGCCGCGCGCCUACGUCGUCGCCACCGACAGGUCCAAGCUCUCCGAGGACGACGUCAAGAACCUGGUCCGGGACAAGCUGGCGCCCUACAAGCAGCUGCGCGGUGGCGUCGUCUUCGUCGACAGCAUCCCGCGCAACGCCGUCGGUAAGAUCCUACGCCGCGACCUGAGAGAGAGGGCGAAGAAGGAGCGCGCAAAGCUGUAGGAUUUUUGGGUGCGGGAGACUCGGAGCCUGCCCGUUUCGCCCCUUUUGGGAGCGUUUUGCAUUGCUUUGAUCACUAAGUUGGAUUGUGCGCGGGAAUUUCGCUCUUUCUCUCUUUGUUUAUGGUUUGAC